CGUGGCCCCGCAGGUUCUGCCUCUGCUUGCCCUCCACCUGCAGCCGCCUGACCAUGGAGUCCCCGGUCCAGAUCUUCCGCGGGGAGCCGGGCCCCACCUGCUCCCCGAGCACCUGCCUGCUCCCGAACGGCAGCGGGUGGCUGCCGGGUUGGGCCGAGACGGACCGCAACAGCAGCGGGGGAUCCAAGGGUGCGCCGCUGGAGUCCGCGCACAUCUCUCCCGCCAUCCCUGUCAUCAUCACGGCUGUCUAUUCCGUGGUGUUCGUCGUGGGCUUGGUGGGCAACUCUCUGGUCAUGUUCGUGAUCAUCCGAUACACAAAGAUGAAGACAGCAACCAACAUUUAUAUAUUUAACCUGGCGUUGGCAGAUGCUUUAGUUACUACAACCAUGCCCUUCCAGAGCACGGUCUAUCUGAUGAAUUCCUGGCCAUUUGGGGAUGUGCUGUGCAAGAUAGUCAUUUCCAUUGACUACUAUAACAUGUUUACCAGCAUAUUCACCUUGACCAUGAUGAGUGUGGACCGAUAUAUUGCUGUGUGCCACCCUGUCAAGGCUUUAGACUUUCGCACACCUAUGAAGGCAAAGAUCAUCAACAUCUGUAUUUGGCUCUUAUCGUCAUCUGUUGGCAUAUCUGCAAUAGUCCUUGGAGGGACCAAAGUCAGGGAAGAUGUGGAUGUCAUAGAGUGCUCCUUGCAGUUCCCGGAUGAUGAUUACUCCUGGUGGGACCUCUUCAUGAAGAUCUGUGUCUUCGUCUUUGCCUUUGUGAUCCCUGUCCUCAUCAUCAUCAUCUGCUACACUCUGAUGAUCCUGCGCUUGAAGAGUGUCCGACUCCUUUCUGGCUCCCGAGAGAAAGAUCGCAACCUUCGUCGGAUCACCAGGCUGGUCCUGGUAGUGGUGGCAGUCUUUAUCAUCUGUUGGACCCCCAUUCACAUUUUCAUCCUUGUGGAGGCUCUGGGGAAUGCCUUUCACAGCACAGCUGCCCUUUCCAGCUAUUACUUCUGCAUUGCUUUGGGUUACACCAACAGCAGCCUGAACCCCAUUCUCUAUGCCUUUCUUGAUGAAAACUUCAAGCGGUGUUUCAGAGACUUCUGCUUUCCAAUUAAGAUGAGGAUGGAGCGACAGAGUACUAGUGGAGUCAGAAAUACAGUUCAGGAUCCUGCUUAUGUGAGGGAUGUUGAUGGGAUAAAUAAACCAGUAUGACUAGUCGUGGAGAUGUCUUCUUAUAG